CCUGUAUUACUAAGGGAAACGCGCCCAGCUCUCCGGGCUCACCCUCGGAUUCUGGAGAGGUGCAAGCUGAGGUCGUGAAGCGAGUCAGGCGUGCCAUCCUCCAGCAUGUCGUCUUCAGGCACAACCGGCUUCCUGGGCCGGUCCAGCAGCAGCAACUCGAAUAUGCGCGGACUGGUCCAGUUUAUCGCCGACCUUCGAAAUGCGCGCGCACGCGAGCUCGAGGAGAAACGCAUCAACAAGGAGCUGGCCAACAUCCGGUAUGUUCACGCAUUUUGGUGAGAAGUCUGGCGCAGUCGUGCUAAACAUGCUGUGUCUUGCAGGCAGAAAUUCAAAGGUCCGCCGCUUCCAUGAAUUGGCCCCCUCCCCCUUUCCCCCCAGGUCUGCUGCUG